AAUAAUUAAUGACAUGAGACGCGUCUGAAUGGACCCGUCGGCACGCGUCGGCGCCUUUAGCAGCACAAGCCACUCCAAUUUGGAGCUACCCCUGCAUCUAACAAAGACAACAAGGAACAUUGAAUAACCAUUUACGAACAACGCCGAUAAUUGCAUGAUCCGGUGAAGCUCACUUUGUGUCAGGCGGCAAUUCGAAGGAAUCCGGUUCAAACAUGGCGCUGAAUCGGAAAUACUCAGCUCUCCCAGAUCUGGACACUGCUCCGGAUAUCUAUGAGACUCCAGAUCUCACCGAUGACAACUCUACUGUGCCAACAGCCACGGCGCAGUCCGACUUCGACUUCGACGACGAAGAUGACGAUUCUCCUGGCAUCUCGCGCUCAAAACUAAGAGUCGAUGAGGCACGAUCACGCUUUUUACCUGCCAAAGUAGACGCAAGCCAAGCAGACUUCUCGGACCGCCUCGAUGGCAAGCGAAAAUCGUACAGGGCUUCCAGCAGGAGGCAAAGGGUCUUGGAGGAUGGUACUACGCAAAUUGGUGAUCUUAGUGACGAAGAGGAUGGUGAAGACCUACAGCGCAAGAUCGCCCGACUAAAGCGCGAGGUCGAAGAGGCCAAGGACGAAUAUGCUAAACGAAAUGCCGAGUCAUCGGGAGCAAGUGUAAUGCUGAGCGAAGACUUCACUUCUUUAAGUGAGGCACUGGAUGAAAUGACAGUCGUCCCCAGAAACAGAACCACGACUAGGCCUGCCCCCAGAAUCCCGGCUGCCAACGGCUCCGAUGAUCGUCUUGAUCUAGUCGAUAACGCCACUUAUACAGUCACAUACGCCCCGGAAUACGAGCAAAGCCACGCUCUAGCGAAAGCAGUAGAUUUUGACCAUCGGCUGGUACAGAUCGAGACAGCAAUUGGAGUAACUGCAGCAGCCAUGCCAGGUUUGGACGGAGAUCGACUGCCCCGGGCUGUUGUCCCAACUCUGGAUCACCUACAGAAACAACUUACUGUCCUUGCCGAAGCAUCUACAUCAUCGCUCGACAGCAUCAGUCGCCGCGUGAGGGAAUUGACUAAAGAUGCCGAACAAUUGGAAAAGGCAAGGAAAGCUGCAAAGGCUGCCCAGGAAUCGCUGGAAGCGUCAGGAGUCCAGGACUCUGAGCCUUCUGACGAGCAAACGGCGAAGAUCAAUGCACUUUAUGGAACACUGCCAGCUAUCGAAAGCCUGGCACCUCUAUUGCCGCCUUUACUGGAUCGACUGCGUUCCCUAAGGACUUUACAUGAAAACGCUGCUACGGCCAGUGAGGCUCUGGACCACAUCGAGAGAAACCAGAGUGAGAUGGCUACAGACAUUAACCAGUGGAGGCAAGGCCUCAUGAAUAUCGAAGGCGCGAUGAAGGAAAGUGACCAGUCCAUGGAAACCAACAAGAGUGUGAUUGAACAAUGGGUUCAGGAGCUGGAGGCAAGAAUAGCCAAACUGACCUAGGACCCUGGAGCGCCUGGAUCGUAGUGGUGAUGUUUAAUGUUCUAAUACCCCAAAAUCGAAUCUCUAAUGCUGCAAAAACUUACUUAUCUACUUACCAUCACUUCUAAUCCUGUCAUUGGAUUUGUUCCAUAUGCCGGCCCUAACCUUCUGCACUCGCUUGAUGUCAAGAACAAAAAAAGAUCUUUGCCUGCCGACUUGCUCAAUACCCAUGCUUUACAAAGUCCGUCAACGACGGUAAUUGGUUGAAAACAUAUGCGGCACCGUCCGUGCUUUGAAAGCUGCUGUUGCGCCUUGCUAUUCUAAUAACUUUCUGGCAAUCAUAACCGGAAGGAUUCUGCCAAGCUACUCAGCCUCUCCUGUUUGACUAUGAAACUGGGAACCAAAA